AUGGUUCUUGUUGAGCAGCCUUCGCUGCUUGAACGAGCAGACUUAUCUCGCACAAUUCCUGAAAAUGCACGAAAAUUGUCCGAGUUAGUCAACGUUCAACAGAAAAUAUUAGAUAUUGGAGAACAUUCCGUGUUUAUACAUGAAGCAUCACCUCCCGGUAAUCACUAUUCUAAAGGGACCAUAAUUUUCCUGCAUGGACAAGCAUACACUUCAAACACCUGGCUCGAACAUGAGACUCUUCGAACCAUUGCUGCUCUUGGAUAUCAUUGUGUAGCACCUGAUCUACCCGGUAACGGACGAACCCGAGGUCCUACAUUAGCUCAAAAAGAUAAGCCUUUGUUUAUGCUCGAUUUUAUAACAGCUUUGGGUGUGAAAAAGGUUAUGAUAGUUGCAGCUUCUAUGUCUUCGCAGUAUAUACUCCCAUUACUUUCUCAUGAUGUAUUCAUCUGUGUUGUAGCUAUAGCAUUAUCGAAUACACAUGAGAUUAUACAUCCAUCCUCUUUGAAAACUCCAGUUCUUGUUUUAUGGGGAGAUCGCGAUACGAGUUUGGGACCAAGUUCAGCAUCAAACUUGCGAUGCUUACCAAAUGCUCGACUUGAGAAAGUACCCAAUGCUGGACACAGCUGUUAUUUGAAUAAUCCAUUAGUUUUUCAACAAUUGUGCAUCAACUUCUUUGAUCUUAUCCGCAAUUAUCAUUCCAUCUAG